GGGUGGUGUAAACUUCCACCCGGAGGGCCCGUAGCCGUGCGUACUGGGUUUUUCAGUCACCGCGGGAAUCGGCUGUGAUUUCAAAGACAGUUUCCAGCCUCCCUGUCUCACCUGGUCAUAUGUGUGAGGUCGGAGCUGAUGUGGCCCUGGAGGGGACUUCUCCGUCUCUCUGUGCUCUAAGAAAGGCCUGAAGAAGGUCUCAUGAUUUUCUUCUUCCCCAGUCCUGCCAUUCUCCCCCAAGAAGUAUCCUGAGCAGGAGGGGACAAUUGUUGUUGCACAUCUAAAAGUACAGAUCAGUCCUGGCUUCUCUGGACUCUGUGCUUUUCGAGUGGAGGAAGCCCAAAGAGGAGAACCAGUUCUUGCGGUUCUACAACCAUGGCCCAUAUGUCCUUGUCAUUCAGGGACGUGGCCAUAGACCUCUCCCAGGAGGAAUGGGAGUGCCUGGACCCUGUUCAGAGGGCCUUGUACAGGGAUGUGAUGUUGGAGAACUACAACAACUUGGUCUCAUUGGGAUGUUCCUCGCCUAAGCCAGACGUGAUUACUUUAUUGGAGCAAGAGAGAGAGCCCUGGAUGGUAAUGAGAGAAGGAACAAGAAGCUGGUACACAGAUUUGGAGUCUAAGUAUGUCACCAAGAAGUUAUUUCCAGAAAAGGAUAUUUGUGAAAUAUAUCUGUUUCAUCUGCAGAGAGUGGACAAAAGUAAAACUUACAUCCAUGAGGAUACUAUUUUCAGAAAUGAUUUGCAGUGUAAACAUGAGUUUGAGAGACAAGAAGGACAUCAAAUGAGAUGCGCUAGUCAAAUGAUAAUCCAAAAACAUAUACCUCUUCUUCUGCAUCAGAAAAUUCACGCUAGAGAGAAAUCAUAUGAAUGUAAGGAAUGUAAGAAGGCUUUUAGACAACAGUCAUACCUUAUUCAACAUCUGAGAAUUCAUACUGGUGAGAGACCCUAUAAAUGUAAGGAAUGUGGGAAAGCCUUUUGUCGUGUAGGGGACCUUAGAGUACAUCAGACAAUUCAUGGCGGGGAGAGACCCUAUGAAUGUAAUAAUUGUGGAAAGACCUUUAGGCUUCAUUAUCAUCUUACUGAACAUCAGAGAAUACAUUCUGGUGUGAAACCCUAUGAGUGUAAUGAAUGUGGGAAGGCCUUUAGUCGUGUUCGAGACCUUAGAGUACAUCAGACAAUUCAUGCUGGGGAGAGACCUUAUGAAUGUAAAGAAUGUGGGAAGGCCUUUAGACUUCACUAUCAGCUCACUGAACAUCAAAGAAUUCAUACUGGUGAGAGGCCUUAUGAAUGUAAGAUUUGUGGAAAGACCUUUAGGGUACAACGACAUAUUAGUCAACAUCAGAAAAUUCAUACUGGUGUAAAACCCUAUAAAUGUAAUGACUGUGGGAAGGCCUUCAGUCAUGGCUCAUACCUAGUUCAACAUCAGAAAAUUCAUACUGGUGACAAACCCUAUGUAUGUAAAGAAUGUGGUAAGUCCUUUAGUUUUCAUGCAGAACUUACUCGACAUCAUAGAAUUCAUACUGGUGAGAAACCCUAUGAAUGUAAAGAAUGUGGAAAAGCCUUUCGUCUCCAAACAGAACUUACUAGACAUUGUAGAAUUCAUACUGGAGAGAAACCCUAUGAAUGUAAGGAAUGUGGGAAGGCCUUUAUUUGCGGCUAUCAACUUACUUUACAUCUGAGGGUUCAUACUGGUGAGAUUCCCUAUGAAUGUAAGGAAUGUGGGAAAACCUUCAGUAGUCGCUAUCAUCUUACUCAACAUUACAGAAUUCAUACUGGUGAGAAACCCUAUGGAUGUAAAGAAUGUGGAAAGGCCUUUCGUCUUCAAGCAGAACUUACCAGACAUCACAGAAUUCAUACUUGUGAAAAACCCUAUGAAUGUAAGGAAUGUGGGAAGGCCUUUAUUCGUAGCAAUCAACUUAUUUCACACCAGCGAAUUCACACCAAUGAGAACACCUAUGAGUGCAAGGAAUGUGGGAAGAUUUUUAGUCGUCGCUACAAUCUUACUCAACAUUAUAAAAUUCAUACUGGUGAAAAACCCUAUGUAUGUAAAGAAUGUGGAAAGGCCUUUCGCUUUCAGACAGAACUUACUCAGCAUCACAGAAUUCAUACUGGUGAAAAACCCUAUAAAUGUAAGGAAUGUGGGAAAGCCUUUAUUCGUAGCAAUCAUCUUACUCAACAUCACAGAAUUCAUACUGGUGAGAAACCCUAUGAGUGUAAAGAAUGUGGAAAGACCUUUAGUCGGCACUAUCAUCUUACUCAACAUCACAGAAUCCACACUGGUGAGAAACCCUACAUAUGUAAUGAAUGUGGGGAUGCUUUUAUUUGUAGUUAUCAACUUACCUUACAUCAAAGAAUUCACACUGGUGAGAUUCCAUAUGAAUGUAAGGAAUGUGGAAAGACCUUUAGUCGCCGAUAUCAUCUUACUCAACAUUUUAGACUUCAUACUGGUGAGAAACCUUAUGGGUGUAAAGAAUGUGGGGAUGCCUUUCGUCUUCAGGCAGAACUUACUCGACAUCACACAAUUCAUACUGGUGAGAAACCCUAUAAGUGUAAAGAAUGUGGGAAGGCCUUUAGUGUUAAGUCAGAACUUACACGACAUCACAGAAUUCAUACUGGUGAGAAACCCUAUAAAUGUAAAGAAUGUGGGAAAGCCUUUAUUCGUAGUGAUCAACUCACUUUACAUCAGAGAAAUCAUAUUAGUGAGGAACCCCCAUUCAUAAUGUAAAGAGGAUACAGUGGCCUUUAGAAAAUGCCUUUUAUAACAACAGAAUUCAUAAUUGAUUUAAGAAAGUUUUUACUUGUUAGGGAACAUAUGGGAAUCCCUUUUGCUUCAUGCUCAAAACUUAACAGCAGUAGAUUUAUACUAUAUAUAUUGAUUUAAAGAGUUUAAAAAUUACAGCAUCACCCAGCCUUGGUUAACUUUAGAGAAUGAUACUGCUGCAGUACAUCUCAAACCAAGGUAAAGUGUACCCCCUCAAAAUUGUUGUUGACCAAUACUUUUACAAGAUACAAUGAAAUUAGAUUACCAGAUACAUGAAAUUGAAAGAAAAACAUACAAAGUGAAAGCCCCCAAGUUUUUAUUAUUGGACUUAACAGACAAAUUAGCUCUGUCAUUUUUCUGUAAAUGUCUCUAAAUAUUUGCUCUCGGUGUCUGUACCUUAACUCAUUGCAGAACAGAAGCAAACAACCUGUGGACCAGCAUCAGUACAUGGACCACACUUUAUAUAGCACUGUAACAGAAAGUAAUUCUGUUAAUGUAACAGAUGUGGGAAAAGACUUCAGCCAUAGCAAAUCUUCACUACAGUUCUCAUAAUUCCACCCCUGCCUGUGUAGUAUUGGCAAGACACUACUCUCCUCUGUGCUUUAUUUUAUUUUAUUCUAUUUUACUUCAUUUAAUUUUUUUUGUGCCUCAGUUUUAAAGUGGUGAUUAUAGUACCUACCUAAUAGUACUUUUGUAAGGAUGAAAUGUUAAUAAAAAACAAAACCUUUAGAAGAGCAUUGUUCAAUAAAUAUUAUUUUAUUAUUAGUGAUAUUAGUAAGUUCAUGUGAAAGGAAGACCCUGUGAAUAUAAAGAAUUUGUAAAAACUGUCCACUACCUUUCAUUUUGUUUACUUAAAUUAAUAAUUAUGGAUAAAGUUUAUUAAAAUAAACUUUCACUUCUAAAAUUCAGAAGUCAUUUCUGAAAACUAAUGUAAGAAAGAAAUCUCUAGAGUUGAUGGAUAUGGAGAUUAUGAGAGAAAGCUUUUGAAGAAUCAGGGAGAGCUGUAAUGCUUUUUCUUUUAUAAUCCAUAAAGCAGACAUGUUACAGUCUUCUUUUUCUGCCCCAAAUUCAGGAUAAAUUAGAAACUAACAAUGAAAAGGCCACUGUUCAUUUGGAAAAAAAUAAAGGAAUAGUACAGGGAACACUGGUAUGCCCUCUCUAGAUUCAGUGAUUGUUAAAACGUUGUCAUAUUUGGUUUGCUUCUGUAUAAUUUUUGACAUAUUUUUUGCUGUGGUAUUUAAGUAUAAAUAUAGACAUUAUAACAUUUCACCUCUCUGUAUAUAUCAUGUAACUCCUAAGAAUAAAGGCUGCCUCCUACUUAAUCACUAUAUAACUUCACACCGAAGGAGAGUAACAGCAGUACCAUAUCCGUAAUAUUACAGAUAGAUAAGCAGUGCCUUAACCCAACAUAUCUAAAAGAAUGUCUCUGGGAACAGUAGUAUUUAAUGGCACUUGAAAAAUGUUCUGUGGUCACAGAUACUUAUGACUUCUAAAUACUAAAUCCAUUCUAAGAAAAAAAUGCUAAUUAUCACGCUAGCAAAGGACUUAAGAGGCCUACAAAAAGAAAAUUUGCUUAACUUAGUUUAUCUUACUGUAUCUUAAACUUUACUAAGGAAGUCCCAUUCACAAUACCUAAUUUCUUCGGGAUGUGAACCCACACUGAGAAGGCUGCCAUAACUGAAAAGCAGUGACCCUAAAGAUGGACACUCCAGAUAACCAUGGCAGAUGCUUAGCUAUGUUGAGAAAGGAAAUGCAUGAUGUAUUUCUCUGCUGCUCACAUCUCUUCCUCUGCAGUCAGUUGCUUGCCCUCUGAAUGUAGGGCUGAUACUUUACAAAAUUAAAAACCCAUUUGGUUUAGUUUUUUAUAUGAACAUACCAUGACAUAUUUAAACCUUCUCUUCUUUUUUAGUGUUUAACAAUUUUUCACUAUUUCAGAUAUACUUCAGUGAAUAUCCUUGUCUGUGACCAUUGGUUUCUGUGAGCUGGAAUUUCUUUAAUUGUACACAUGUGGAAGUAGAACUGCUCAUACAUUAUAUAUUCUUUCAGUUAUGUUAGAUAUUGCUACAUUGAUCAUAGGUCACAUACACUUCCAAUUCUAUUAGAUAUUGCCAAAUUGUUCUCUUAGACUCCUAUCAAAUUGAG